GAAAAUAUUUGAUAUCAAAGCGAAAGUGACCCUAAAUUAUGAUUUAGUAUUUAUUCUUAGAUGUGAUUUGUUAUAUACAGUACUAGAUUUGAUCAGAAAAAUUUAUAUUUCAUAAAUCCUCUCAUCCAUACCCUUAAGGUGGCAGUUCCCGUGCCUCAGCCAUACCCUGUUGUGCAACGUGUUGCCGUUCCCCACCCGGUGCCCGUUGUCCGACACGUCCAGGUGCCCGUUCCCGUUGUCAGAGAACGAGUAGUCCAUGUGGACAGACCAGUCCCGUACCCCGUUGUUCAGAAGGUCGCCGUUCCCGUUCCCCAGCCAUACCCCGUGGACCGUCCCUACCCGGUUGACAGACCAGUAGCCGUUCCCGUGCGAGUCAAUGUGCCAGUGCCCAGACCCUACCCAGUCGUUCAAAGGGUGGCAGUUCCUCAGCCAUACCCAGUCCAUGUUGACCGACCAGUGCCAGUGGCGGUGCCACAUCCAGUUCCCGUGCGAGUGGUGGAGCGCGUGAAUGUGCCGGUGGCCGUUCCCGUGCCCGUCCACACCCACU